AUGCUGGAGAUCUUCCGGAAUGACCUAAGUGGAUUGAACGCUGCCCGGUUUAUCCUCGCUCAGGUCACCCAAAGGCACACCCAACUCGACAUCUCACGCUGCCCUGCCCUCGGCGACCAGGGGCUCAUCGCUCUGCUGAAGGGUCUCUCAGCUCAGCCUGGCCCCGCAAAUGGCGCUGUCCGAUCCUGGAUGACCAUGGUGCUCACACAGUGUGACUUGGGGGACGCAGGGCUUCAAGCGGUACUUGACUUUGCGGGGAAGGCGAAGAUGCAGGAGCUAUGGAUGAGUCGUAAUAAAUUUGAGGCCAGCGCUUCAUCAGUGACCACUCCGAGCCGAUCCCGCCGCUUUCAUCCACUCGAUCAAUGCCUCACACCUCCGGAGCCUCACUCUCAACGACAAUACCCUCCUCCUUUCCGCUUCGGUCAUCAACCUGUUCGAUACCCUCUCCGCCCCCCAUCUCGUAACCUCAGCCUUCGCGGGUGCCAAUUUGGGACUGAGGCCAUCACGGCUAUCGGCGACUAUCUCUGCGGCAAGAGGUCCCGUCCCCUCAAAUCCCUCGACCUUUCGCACAACAAGUUCAAGCUGGACGAUAUCCGGCGGAUCGUCGAAAGGGUCGAGCAGGGUUGCUUCACUCUGCUGGGUGGUGGGGACUCCAACUCCUCCGCAGAGGGAGACAUUGGCCUCCACCCCACUGCGUUCCAUGGAGAGGAUCCUAUGGAGGAUGAGAGGAUCAAGAAGGAAGUGAAGCGUAUGACGGCCCUGUACGAGCGCAACGAGGCGCUCGCGGACCGGGUCAAGCGCGCGGCGUCACGAUGUCUUCCCUACGCUCGGAUCAUACUCAACGCUAUCCCUAUCCCCACAUCCUCAACCCUCAAGACAAUCGGGUCUUCGUCUGUCAACCAUCAUCAACCUUUCUUUAGGAUCCUCGACCUCCCCCCAGAGCUCGUCGUCCACGUCACUCGGCACACCUCCGGCGACCCCACCGCCCUAUCGGACGCGCAAUUCCUUCGGCUGCGCAAGGAGGCAGAGGAUUCUGAGGGACUUGCGAGGGCCAUCGAGGCGGCAGCGAAGAGGAAGAAGGACGAGCAGGGUCGCUUUAUGAGGGAAAGCUUCAACGAUGGGCUCGACGAGAUGCGCCAGACGCGCAGAAUCCAACAGGCCAAGGCGGAAUGGCUCAAGUCGGGUAGCUGGGACAGGUGGGAGCGGGAUGUCUAG